AUGUCACUGAAGUUCCAGUUCAUUGCCAUUUUGUUGAGCGUAACAGGUUUCCUGGCAGCGUACGCACAAGAUUGCGGGAGACCGGCAAUCCAGACUAACAGAAUUGUGGGAGGAAUGGACGCCUCUGUUGGGGCGUGGCCAUGGCAGGUGUCUAUACAGAAAGAUGCUGUCCAUGUCUGUGGGGGCUCCAUUAUAACUGAGAACUGGAUCCUUUCAGCAGCUCACUGUUUCCCCAAUCCAUCUGAUUUGAGUUCAUACACCAUAUACGCCGGCUGGUACUACCUGAACAAUUUCAACCCGCACCAAUCGGCGCACCGUGUCAGCAAUGUGGUGAUCCCGUCGGGGUAUGUGGACCCUCACCGCGGUAAGGAUGUAGCCCUGGUGCGACUCUCCAGUCCCCUGACCUGGUCAGAUUGGAUCAGCCCUGUGUGCCUGCCUGGCUCUAGCAUGCAGUUUCCAGGUGGGAUGCGGUGCCAUGUGACUGGAUGGGGGCACAUCCGCAAUAAUAUUCCGCUGCCAGGAGCAGGGCCUCUGCAGGAGGUCCAGGUGCCAAUCAUCCCACAGGAUUCAUGUCGUGAGAUGUACUCAACAGAGCAGGUGGACAUCUUGUAUGACAUGAUCUGUGCCGGCUACCAGGAGGGCGGCAAGGACUCCUGCCAGGGCGACUCUGGAGGCCCCCUCGUAUGCCAGAUGGUAAAUGGGACAUGGGUGCAGGCAGGGGUAGUGAGUUUCGGGAUAGGCUGCGCUGAAGCCAACCAGCCAGGUGUGUACGCUAGGCUCACCACCUACUCCAGUUUCAUCAGAGACAACAUACCCGAGGCGCAAAUAUACGGCCGAGCUCAUCGGCAACGCUUUGAGGAAGCUGCAACGGUGCUUCUCGGCUCGUUGUCGGCCAUGCUGGUCCUACAAUGGCUAUAA